CAGCGGCGGCGGCGGCGGCGGCAGCAGCACUGAAAUGCCUUUUCCUCCUCCUCCUCCUCCUCUCCAGCGGCCAUGUUAACUCGGAAACCUUCGGCCGCCGCUCCCGCCGGGUACCCCACGGGCCGAGGAGGGGACAGCAGCGCCGUUCGCCAGCUUCAGGCUUCUCCGGGGCUCGGGGCGGGGGUCCCCCGCGGCGGCGGCGGAGGAUUGGGGACCGGCCCGCCCUCUCCCCUAGCCCUGCCACCUCUCCGCUCCAGCAACGCUGCUGCUGCUGCAGCCGCAGCGCUCACGAUUGGCAGCAGCAAGCACACAAUGAAUGAUCACCUCCAUGUCGGCACCCACGGCCAUGGACAGAUCCAGGUUCAGCAGUUGUUUGAGGACAACAGCAACAAACGGACCGUGCUCACCACACAACCCAAUGGGCUUACAACCAUGGGCAAGACGGGCUUGCCAGUGGUCCCCGAGCGUCAGCUGGAGAGCAUCCAUCGAAGGCAGGGCAGCUCCACCUCCCUGAAGUCCAUGGAGGGCCUGGGGAAGGUGAAGGCCGCCCCCAUGUCCCCUGAACAGGCCAUGAAGCAAUACAUGCAAAAACUCACCACCUUCGAACACCACGAGAUUUUCAGCUACCCUGAAAUCUAUUUCUUGGGCCCCAACGCCAAGAAGCGCCAGGGCAUGACAGGGGGCCCCAACAACGGGGGCUAUGACGAUGACCAGGGUUCGUAUGUGCAGGUGCCCCACGAUCACGUGGCUUACAGGUACGAGGUCCUCAAGGUCAUUGGGAAGGGCAGCUUUGGGCAGGUGGUCAAAGCCUACGACCACAAGAUUCACCAGCAUGUGGCCCUGAAGAUGGUGCGGAACGAGAAGCGCUUCCACCGGCAGGCGGCCGAGGAGAUCCGGAUCUUGGAGCACCUGCGCAAGCAGGACAAGGACAACACCAUGAACGUCAUCCACAUGUUGGAGAACUUCACCUUCCGCAACCACAUCUGCAUGACGUUCGAGCUACUCAGCAUGAACCUCUACGAGCUCAUCAAGAAGAACAAGUUCCAGGGCUUCAGCCUGCCUUUGGUCCGCAAGUUCGCCCACUCCAUCUUGCAGUGCUUGGACGCUUUGCACAAGAACAGGAUCAUUCACUGUGACCUGAAGCCGGAGAACAUCUUGCUGAAGCAGCAGGGCCGGAGUGGCAUCAAGGUGAUCGAUUUUGGCUCCAGCUGCUACGAGCACCAACGCGUCUACACCUACAUCCAGUCCCGUUUCUACCGGGCUCCCGAAGUGAUCCUGGGUGCCAGGUAUGGCAUGCCCAUUGAUAUGUGGAGCCUGGGCUGCAUCCUCGCAGAGCUGCUCACCGGGUAUCCCCUCUUGCCUGGGGAAGACGAAGGGGACCAGCUGGCCUGUAUGAUCGAACUCCUGGGCAUGCCCUCGCAGAAACUGCUGGAUGCGUCCAAACGAGCCAAAAAUUUUGUGAGCUCCAAGGGUUAUCCCCGGUACUGCACUGUCACGACUCUUUCCGAUGGUUCUGUGGUUCUUAACGGAGGCCGGUCCCGGAGGGGCAAACUGAGGGGCCCUCCGGAGAGCAGAGAAUGGGGCAAUGCACUGAAGGGGUGCGAUGACCCCCUUUUCCUGGACUUCUUAAAACAGUGUUUGGAAUGGGAUCCUGCCGUGCGCAUGACCCCUGGCCAGGCUUUGCGGCAUCCCUGGCUCAGGAGGCGUUUGCCAAAGCCUCCCACUGGGGAAAAGACAUCAGUGAAAAGGAUAACUGAGAGCACUGGUGCUAUCACCUCCAUUUCCAAGUUACCUCCACCCUCCAGCUCAGCCUCGAAACUGAGGACUAAUUUGGCACAGAUGACAGAUGCCAAUGGGAAUAUACAGCAGAGGACAGUGUUGCCAAAACUUGUUAGCUGAGCUUCAUCUUAAACCCCCCCACACACCCCCAAUGCCGGUAAUCUGAAAGAUACGAUGUUUGUCGCUGAGCCUUAUUGGGUUGACAAAGAAUAGCAGAUCUGUUUUUAAUUUGCUCAAUAACUCCUUUGUAUCUUUUCAGCACUUAUUUUCAACAUUAGAAAGUGGUUUUUUGGUUUUUUUUUUUUUUUUGGUUUUUAUAAACUACAUGGGGACAAUGCUUUAAGUUUUUAUACUUUAUGAGACUUUUUGUGUUCAAAAAAAAAAAAAAACAAACAAAACGAUGAGCCUUACUGUAUUUAGUGUGGCAGAGUAAUAAACGUCAGUGGCAGGCCAUUGAUCACUUCAUGACUGCCAUGCAUUUACAGAUUGGUGUCAAAGACAUUCACUGUUUUUAUGGUUCAUAGUAUAUCCUCCCCCCGAGGUGAUUGCCCCCAGAAAAUCCCCCGCCCCUUCGCUCGCCAUGCCCCCACUUUCAUACCCAGGUGUAGCAUGUUCCCACUUCCUGCUCCCCAUGUUUUCAGGGUGAUAGGGAUGAUGGGAAGAGAAUGUCAGUACAAAAAUAAAAAAAAUGACAUCCGAAGAUAAAUGGCCUUAGGGAUUUCCUUCACCCCACCAAACAAAAUCAAAUCCCCAAGGUUUAAAUAAUGCCCAGUUAGCAUUCUGACGUUCUAGCAGCCAACCACGAAGAUCUGGUGGAUAAAUGAAAAUGUGUGUUUUUCCAAAUUUUCUCAUGUGAUGAGCAAGCAGUUUUGCAAAGAAGCCUCCUGUUCCAGAAUUGGUUUUGUCCCCAAAUUUAGAAAUGUAUUCCAUGAACUGUUGUCCCUUCUCUUUGCUUUUCUCUUCUCUGUUCCUCUUUUACCACACAUCUGUUGCUUGCAUUUAGGGCUUUUCGACCCCUCCCGUCAAAUAUAUAUUCCAGACUGUUAAUACAAAAAAAAAAAAGAGACAUUUCAGCUGUGAUGAUGACCAUCGUUUCAGAUUCCAGU